GUUAUUCUACGUGAGCCAUGGGACCACAUCAAGAAUGAGGAUCUAAGGAAAGCUGCUGCAUCCUUUUCUGGGGAGAUAUGGCAAGUCCCUCCAAUGUUCUCUGCCAUCAAAGUUGGUGGUGAGAAGAUGUAUGAGAAAGCAAGAAGGGGAGAGAGCAUUGAACUUUCACCAAGGAGAGUAUCAAUUUUCCAGUUUGAUGUUGAACGAAGUUUGGAGGACAGACAAAAUGUGAUUUUUCGAGUAAUAUGCUCAAAAGGGACAUAUAUUCGGUCUCUCUGUGCCGAUUUUGGGAAGGCUCUUGGCAGCUGUGCUCACUUGUCAGCUCUACGAAGAGAUUCAAUCGGAGAAUACAAAGCAAAUGAUGCAUGGGAGUUUCAAGAGUUAGAAGAGACAAUAACCAAAGGAUACAUGUAGAAUAAUUGCACAGCUUUCCUUUCAUUAAUUGGGUAUUGUUUAGAAAAGCCGAUUAAAUAUUUUAAAAUUUUCAAAAGUUGCAUGCUUUUCCAAAGCUUCCAAGAACUUAGGUGGCCUCGCUGGAGGUAGUGUCUCUAUUUGUACGGCUAGAUAUAAGUCUAUAUACACUUCUCACCAUUCCUAAACCCUAUUACUGGAAUUGUUUUGUUUCAUUUGGUUUAGAAAUGUGGAUUAGGAUUGAGGAUUUGUUUGAACAAAUGAAUUCAGCAAUCUUUAUUUUUUUUUUGUUUUAAAAAUG